UCUCAGCAAAGACAACCCGAUUUCAAAGACUACCUUAGAGUACCAGAUAAAUAUAUGCCAGAAAGACCACCAGAUAGAUAUAGCGUAAAUUCUAAAAAAUUUAUUCAUUGUGAUCUUAUAAACCCAACUCCUUCAUCUAGCCAAAUUAUAGAAUCUUUAGCUAAUGAUCUUUAUAAAAAAGU